AUGUUAUCAGUGUUUAGAUCGAAGAACUUUAACGCCGACAAGUUCGAGAAACAUCUGAAGGAUCUAUCGCGAAAGAUCCUGUCAAAAGAGAAGGCGCUGGAUCGUUACCAGAAGAACAAGUCGCACUACAAAAAAGCCAGUCUUUUAUAUCUUGUUGGGCUUUAUCUUAGUUAUGUGUCGUAUUUAUAUUUCUCUACAGAUAAACUGGGUCGACAGCAUUGGGUGCACGUUUUGGCCUCUCCAUUGGCGAUAGUGUUGGUUAAUGUUGCUAUUGAGCGUUUUUACAGUUAUUUGAUCGCCAAAACCUCUCGACAGCUGGAAUCUUUAAGAGAGCAACAUCAGGACAAAAUAUCAGAACUAAAGGAGAAAACCAAUUUCGACAAAACAAACGAGCUUUUGAACCGGUUCUCGAACGGUGAGGACCUCAAGGAGCUCGAGAGCGAGGCACAGGAAAUCAAUAAACGCAAACAGGAGUAUUUACAACUGAUCAAAGACGGCAAGGCUCCGAGCCUUGAAUCGGCCUCCAAAGACACAAAGACGUUUUAUGACCAGUUCUUCAACCUGCUUCUUGGCAGUGACGAGCUGGGACCCGACAUGCGCUACGCACUCAUUUGCAAAUCGUGUUUCCAGCACAACGGACUGGCUCCUAAAGGUGUGGAGCCAGACAGGGUGAAACAUAAUGGCAUUGACCAUGUCUCCGUUAUGUUCUUUCAAGGCCUUCACAGCCUUGGCACGAGAAACGUUGGUUUGCUCGACAAUGAUUCCAAUGUCAGCGGCGUCGAGUCCGGUCUCGUCGACCUCCUCAUCGUCGUCAUCCUCAGUAGGCUUCGAGUCAGCCAAAGAAGCGGCCUGCAAGUCGGCAGUGAUGGAUUCUGGGUCCUUUGGAGCCUCACCUUCCUUAACGGCAGCAGCAGCUUGCUGAGCAGCCUCUUGGGCGGCAGCAGCCUCGGCGUAUCUCUUGUUCAGGUCCUCGACCUUGGCCUCACCGAACACGACGUACGAUCCAGCAACAGAUCUGUACACUUCUGGGUUGUCAAUGGCCAGGAUGAAGUUGCCCUUCUUUCUGAAGGUGACUCUGGAGAUUCCGUUAACUUGCUUCAAUCCGAGCUUGAGGAUGAGCUGUCUGGCCUUCUUCUCGUUCUUGGACAGGACGUGGACUUCAGCUCCGUCUGGGAUUUGGUUUUCGUUGAUUUCUUCGAUUUGUGCAGAGGCCAUUUUGAUGGUGAUGAGAUUGUAUGGAGAAUUUUUCAAGUCGUCGAAAAAAAGAUGGAGCCGGUUACGAGCUCCGCGCUCGAGUAG